AUGCAAGUCCUUCAAUUCGCGACUUCUUUAUUCUCCUCCCCUAAUCGAGGGAGAGUUGAGGAUGGGAAAGAGAGGAAGGGAUCGUUGUUGGGGGGGAAGAUGAAUGACGAGGUCGAGGUCGAGGAGGGGGACGGGGAGGGGGAGGAGGAGGAGGCGGAGGAAGGGGUGGGUGAUGAUGAAGAUGAUGAGGGAGAAGGAUCUGACGAGGGCAAGGAUGGAAAUGAGGUCGAGGCCGACGAGGGGAGUGCGGAUGCUUCUUCGAGAGCGUCGCCCGAACCCGAACCCACCGUCGCCAAACUCAGAGGACCGGCAUCGAAAAGGGCCCCACAAGCCAAGAAGGCAUCGACGACGACUACAAAGGCAGCCUCCAGACCCACAAGAGGAUCCACAAGAGCUGAAACCGAGGACGAGACGAAGAAGGGGCCCCUAGCUCGACCAGUGAAACCCGUCAAACAGACGUACGUGAACCGGAAACGACCAACACGAAGAGCCGGAGCCGAGUUCGAUGAUGAAGGAGAUGACAUGGACGAGUUGGCUUUGCAGGGAGACGAGACGGAUUAUGAUGAGGAUGCGGUAUUGAAGGAAGUGAGACGAGAAGAGCCAGAGUCCGAGGCAGAUUCGGGGACCGAGUCAGGGUCAGAGUCAGAGUCGGAUGAAGAACCGGAAUUGGCAACGCCGCCGAGUGCAAAGGUCCUUAAAGAGCUUAACGACGAUUUGAAGUCGCAGCGAUUCCCCAGUCUAUUGCGUGAGUAACCUCAAGCGAUUGGGCUCAAUGACCGACGUUCAUUGCUGACAUCGGCGGCUUUGGGUCCAAAGUCUCGUCGGGGAUCAAGCUCAAGAUCGGGGAUCCCAUCGAAUUGACGAGCGGAGAGAAGGAACCUUGGCUGGGCAAAGUUGUGCAAAUUCGGUUAGUGUGUGCAGCACAUCUACAAAGUGAACCAGUCUCGCGCGUUCUGUUAACCUCGAGCAUCUCAUUUUCCCUCUCCAGCACGUUGAAGUCCGGCUUGACCAACGUCUUGAAUGAAAAGGGUGACCCCUUAAAGAACAGUCGCGGCAAACCAGCACUGCAAAGCAAGGAGUCCUACGUCCAGAUCCACUGGCUCUACACCAAGAAGAUGUUUGAAUCAGACGUGCAGGACAAGUCGUGAGUCGGAAAACCUGGUCUCAGUGCGUGUUUUGAGGAUUCGGGACUGCUUAUGAGUGCCACGCGAAUGGGGCAGACGGAUUACCAAGACGAUCAACAGUCUUGGGGACUACGAGCGGGUCGAGACUUCUCAUGCGGACUGGUACUCCCAGUCCAAGAUCAAGUCGAUCGGUCAGUCCUGAUUAACAUCGAUUGAGCCUCUGCCGCUCCAGAUGAUAGUUGACGCUCCCGAAUCAUCGCUCGGCCUCAUCAGAUGAAGCCGUAGUGUGAGUUACCCAAUCAAGCGCAUUGAACACGAAGAGAGCUAAACUCACAAAUAACACUUGACUCGCUCCAGUGUCUAUCGAUUCGACGAUACCUUCCCCGCCCAGAACCCCGACCAUCCCGAUCAGCAAACCGACCACGCCUUGACUCAAUUCCGCAAGCCCAAGCUCGACGACAAUCUACCUCUCUUCUUCUUCGGCGAUGAAGGACCAGGUUCGGAUCAGACGCCGUAUGUACGGACGGAUUUCGACUUUGAUCCUGAUGUUGGUGAGGUCGAGGAAGAGGAAGAGGUGGCGGUGGAACCGGCUCAGAAGGGUAAAGGGAGGAAGAGGAAAGCUUCGACGUCAGCGUCGGCGUCGAAGGCGAACAAGAAGGCUCGGUUGCCGAGAGGUCCGCCAUUGGUGAGUACCCUGAGGUAUCCUGGUUUGGGCGGGGCGGUCGGGCAUAUUCGCUUAUGAUAAAGCAUGCUCAAUUCUUUUUUGAUAGACGUUGAAGCUCCACUCGAUCACUUGCAAGCCUUACAACCCACGCAAUGUGCAAAUAUUCUCUACCGAAGGAUACGGAGGGUGGUACGACGUUGACGAUCUUAUUGCGUACGGCAAAGUCGCUCCUCUGAGUCGAUCAGUGGGGCUCGCAAGAUUGGAUCAAGAGGUUUUCUCCGACGACGACAACGACGAUGACGAGAAUGAGGAUGAGGAUCAAGCUGAAGGGAGUCACGGCCGAACCCCCCCACCAAACAAAAAGGGCCGGGAGGUCGUGCGGGAAAUGAAGCCUUUCAAACUACCCUCUCUCCCGACUCCAGAGAAACCAAAACGAGGGGCCAAACCUGCGAUCGACCAAGACGCAGCGAUGUUGAAGUGGAUCCUUGGGAGAGGACCCAUGAUGCGAGGAGGAGCCUACGGCUUGAUUGGUAAUUCCGUCAUCUUGCAUCGCGCACAAGCGCUCGUCGAUCGAUUCGAAAAAAUACCGUUGAAUGGACCAAAGCUUUGGCAGCAGGAUGCUCAUAAGGUCAUCGUUGCUUUUGAUGAGUGGGAUAGGUGCGUGCAGAUCAGAUCAAAGGUCAAGGGGAAACCGUGGGCGAGGUUGGGAUUGCCGCCGCAGGGGAUGUGUUGGACUUCGCCCGUGUCGGAAACUCACUUGGUGUGA